CGUACAAAAAUACAAUAAAAGCACUAAAAACUUCAUCAAUUCACUCCCAUGAAUUAGCAAGUUGGUCAUUUAGGAAUUGUGCAUAUGGAUUCUCAGGUACCUCCACCUCCUCCUUCAAGUCUGGUGCUUGGUUUCUGUUUCUGGUUAGGCUUUGCUUUUUUAAUAAAGUCUUGUAUUUCUAAAAUAAAAAAACUUCACAAAGAAGAAGAAACCAACAUAAGAGCCGUGGAAAAAAUACUGUCCUACAAGUUUAAGGACAAGAAGCUCCUAGAAGAGGCACUCACACACCCCGCCUACCACAAAAACAACAACAACAACCGCGAGUCGCUUAGGUCGUACCAGCGGCUUGAGUUCGUAGGCGACGUGGUGCUGGGACUGGCCGUGAGUAAAUACUUGUACCUGGAACACCCUAGUCUCGGCCCAGGAGAGCUCACAAACCUCCGCUCCGCCAAUGUCAGCAACGACAAACUCGCGCUGGUCGCCGUCCGCCACGGCCUCCACCACUACAUCAGGCACAACAAUAAUCUUGACGACUCUCUUCUUCAUGAGAUUGGCGAGUUUGCUGAUGAAGUCAAUGAGGAAGACGACAUCGUUUUACAUGGAUCAAUUAAAGCCCCAAAGAUUCUUGCUGACAUCGUAGAGUCUUUGGCAGCAGCUAUAUAUUUUGAUCUCAAUUUCGACCUGGAAGAAUUAUGGAGGAUCUUUAGGGAUCUCUUGGAACCUAUUGUCACACCUAAAGUCUUGCAACAACAACCCCACCCUAUUACGACAUUGAAUGAACAGUGUCAAAAGCAGGGGAGGGAAGUUUACAUUAAGCCAUGGAGGGAAGGGGCAAAGCAUAUUGCUACUGUAUAUGUCGAUGGUGUGUCUAUUGCCUCAGGUUCUUCUGAUCAAUCUAAGGACAUUGCAAAGCUUAAUGCAGCAAAGCAAGCAUUGUUUGAGUUAUCGAAAUCUAUGCUCACUAACAUUGGGAGGUUAGAUUUUUCUUUUGGGCUCAAUAAGUCAUUUGAGAUCGAAUUAGCAAAGCAAAAGUUAAAUGAGGUUUGUCAGAAGAAAAUGUGGCCUACACCUAUUUACAGGAUUGAGAAGGAAGAGGGUCAGAAAUAUGUCUGUUCUGUUCAAAUACCUAUAGAUGGUGGUUUGACUAUUGAGGGAGAAGAAAAGUUAGGAAAAAAGGAAGCAGAAAAUUCUGCUGCUUCAUGUAUUAUCCGUGCCUUAUUAGAGUCUAAUAAAAUAUAAAAGUAGAAGCCUCACGUAAUCUUCUACCAUGUGUCAUGAUUGUUGAACUUAUAAAGAUUGAUGUGUGUUGUAUUUAUUCAGAUGAUUUGGACAAACAAAGCCACAUGGAGCACAAUAAUUUGUCCAUGUCAAUUUUAACGAUUACAUGUCUAUCAGGUGUCAAUAAUAAAUGGAUAUUUAUAAAUUCCUAAAUAAAUAUGUGUUUAAAAUUGUGUCAGUUGUAA